GCAGGGGGGAGGGGCCGGCCCAGCCGGCGGUUGUUACUCGAGCGCCGCGGCUACAGGCCCCCCGCCGCAGGGAUGGACCGCCGAGGCGGCGGUCGGGGCGGCGGAGGCGGAGGCGGCCGGCCCGGAUAAGAUGCUCCAAGUCACUUGCAGCUCUCUGCAAAAGGAAAAUCACUAGUGCUCUGCUCUUGCCAUAAUACCAAACCUUUUGACUUAUGCAUUGGUGCUGCAACACACUGGAAGAAUUGCACAGAGGUUCCAGGAAUACCUUUCCCCCCACCCCCGUUUGAGUGAUUCUUCAUGGAUGGAAAAAGAUUUGAGUCUUAAUGAUUAUCCUGUUUUAAACCUAUUCUCUGUAGUCUGAACUGCUUAAUACAUUAGGCCACUUACUAAUGAGCCACACAGCCAGCUCUUGUCAGGAGCUGGUUGAAAACCGUGCUGUGCACGGAGCAGGAAUGGCACAAGAAGAUAGCCGCCGUGGUCAAGUGCCAUCUUCCUUUUAUCAUGGUGCCAACCAAGAACUCGACCUGUCCACCAAAGUGUACAAAAGGGAAUCAGGAAGUCCUUAUUCUGUGUUAGUGGACACCAAGGUGAGCAAGCCACAUCUCCAUGAAACAGAGGAGCAGCCGUAUUUCAGGGAGACAAGAGCAGUGUCUGACGUGCACGGUGUUAAAGCAGACCGGGAGAGUUCUGAUGACACAGAGGAGGAUGAGGAGGAGGAGGAGGAGGUCUCCUACAAAAGGGAGCAGAUCAUAGUGGAGGUAAACCUUAAUAAUCAAACGUUAAAUGUGUCUAAAGGGGAGAAGGGUGUCUCUUCUCAGUCCAAAGAGACUCCUGUUCUUAAGACAAGCAGUGAGGAGGAAGAGGAAGAGAGUGAGGAAGAGGCCACGGAUGACAGCAAUGACUACGGAGAGAAUGAAAGGCAGAAGAAAAAGGAGAAGACGGUGGAGAAGGUCAGCGUUACACAGAGGAGAACGAGGAGAGCCGCCUCUGUCGCCGCAGCUGCCACUUCCCCUGCUCCCAGAGCUACAAGAGGUCGUAGGAAGAGUGUAGAGCCACCUAAGCGUAAGAAGCGGGCCACAAAGGAGCCCAAAGCACCAGUCCAGAAAGCUAAGUGUGAAGAGAAAGAGACUCUGACCUGUGAGAAGUGCCCCAGGGUGUUUAAUACUCGCUGGUACCUGGAGAAGCACAUGAACGUUACUCAUAGGCGCAUGCAGAUUUGUGAUAAGUGUGGCAAGAAGUUUGUCCUGGAAAGUGAGCUGUCCCUUCACCAGCAAACAGACUGUGAAAAAAAUAUUCAGUGUGUUUCCUGUAAUAAAUCGUUCAAGAAACUCUGGUCCCUUCAUGAACAUAUCAAGAUUGUCCAUGGAUAUGCAGAAAAGAAAUUUUCCUGUGAAAUUUGUGAGAAGAAAUUCUAUACCAUGGCUCAUGUACGGAAACAUAUGGUUGCACACACAAAAGAUAUGCCAUUUACCUGUGAAACCUGUGGGAAGUCAUUCAAACGCAGUAUGUCACUCAAGGUGCACUCCUUGCAGCACUCUGGAGAGAAGCCCUUCAGAUGUGAGAACUGUGACGAAAGGUUUCAGUACAAGUACCAGCUCCGUUCCCACAUGAGCAUCCACAUCGGGCACAAACAGUUCAUGUGCCAGUGGUGCGGCAAGGACUUCAACAUGAAGCAGUACUUCGACGAGCACAUGAAAACACACACUGGAGAGAAACCCUUUAUCUGUGAAAUCUGUGGCAAAAGCUUCACCAGCCGCCCCAACAUGAAGAGGCACCGUAGGACUCACACAGGCGAGAAGCCCUACCCGUGUGACGUGUGCGGCCAGCGGUUCCGCUUCUCCAACAUGCUUAAGGCCCACAAGGAGAAGUGCUUCCGGGUGACCAGCCCCGUGAACGUGCCGCCUGCUGUCCAGAUCCCACUCACAACCUCCCCAGCCACCCCAGUUCCUUCUGCGGUGAACACGCCCACGACCCCCGCCCCGCCCGUCAGUAUGAACCCUGUUGGCACUCUGCCCCCUCGGCCCAUCCCCCACCCCUUCUCACACCUUCACAUCCACGCUCACCCUCACCACCCACACCACCUUCCCAUCCCCCCCGUCCCUCACCUGCCCCCACCUCCAGCUCUCUUUAAGAGUGAGCCUUUAAAUAACAGAGGCCAGGGUGAGGACACGUUUCUGCGGCACCUGGCAGAGAAGAACAGUGCAGCACAGCAUCACUAACAUCCAUCUCCUUAAGGGUGUUCUCCACGAGUCACGUGCCCCUGUGUGAGCUUGCAGAGAGGGGGUUGGUGAGCCUUUCUGUAGCUGUCAGACUCUCAGCCUCCACCAAGAGCUUUGUCAUUGUCUUGGUGAAUCAGCACAUCCGAGGGAGUGAACGAGAAGACCUUGAGCUCACGGAGGGAACGGUCAUCUAAACCAGGGAACCACCGAAGUAAAGCCCAAUUUGCUUGCAUUUUCUGGUGACUUUUAUAAAUUUCAAAUACUCAGACUUGUGGAAUUUUAUAAUUUCAUAUCAGCUGAUGAGGUAUGCUUGCUUUUAUAUCCUGGACUUCUCCUCAAAGAGGGGAUAGGCCUGGUUUCCU